AUGUUGUCCUUGCUGCCGCGUGCCAUGGCGAGCUCCACCAGCAGCGCCGCGGCGUCGGCCGCCGUGCUCCCGGAGACGGACUCGGGGUACUUGGAGGCCGCACGCCCACUUAGGCAAUUUCUCGCGAUCUUGCAGGCGAUAUCAUUGGACACCACAUCCCACAGGCCGUCGCUUGCCAGUAUGAGGAACUCGUCUUUGUCCGUCCGGUCCAUGACGGUGACUUCUGGUUCCGCUAUCACAUAUGGCUUCAGGUAA